AUGAAAGAGGAAAUUAAUUGUGCUUGUGAGUUCUUGUGUUCGAACAUUCGUGCGGCGAGUGGCACAGUGUUAACCCAAGGACAGUUAGAGGCCUAUAAAACAGUUUUAAAGAAAUUGAUCGUCCACAAAUUCACGAAUCACUGGUAUCCAGAUAAACCGAUGAAAGGGAACGGCUUUCGUUGUGUGAAUAUAGACAAAGACACGAGAGUUGUCGACCCGAUGCUAGUAAAAGCUGCUGAAGUCAGCGAAAUAUCGAAAGACAUUUUCCUUUUGGCGUUCCGUUUUGGACUAGCAUUGUGGAUUGAUCCUGGAGAUGUGUCGUACCGUAUUGGUCACAGCUCAAACGUCGUGUCGCUUUAUAAAACAACUACGGAUAUCAGUUGUACACCAUUGCCAGUUAGAUACCAACUUCCUGUUUCGAAUUUGCAACUCAAUCCCGUUUACACAAACGGCGUUGUAGCAAACACAUUGGACCGCCAAUGGCAAUGGAAGGGGCAGAAUAUGUUCUCAUAUCCACAACUAGCCAGCAAGCAACUGAAGCAAAUGCUACAAAGUCGAAAUCUUGAUAGCUUUCACUGGGCAAACGCAAACUAUGUUCCUAAGCAGGUGACUGAAGUUUACUGA